AAAGCUAUUCAUAAUUAUCGUGAGAUCAUUGACCAUCUGGAACCAAGGCUGCCGGCCAAGGACAAAGAAGAAUUGGCCGACUGUCUUGUCCGCAUUCACGAAAAGGCAAGGGAAAGCGAUGCUGCUAUGUUCAUCAAGACAGUCAUUAUGGACGAAUUGGCUCGGCAAAGUGAGGCUUGAUUUUAACUGA